UCAGCAAUGCCACACAGACCUGCCUGGACGUGUGUUCUACAAGCACAUGGACUGAGAGUAUAAAACAGGCAGAGUGGACACAUACGGGGCCAGUCUCCUGCCCCCACCUCUGCUGCAAGCAGCCAAGACACUGGGAAGAAGACAAGACUCUAACACAGGAGAUCAGCCCAGUUUUAAGGAACAAGCCUGUAUAAAGGACUGCAAUAUCCAGUGGGACACUAGCCUGUGGCACAGAGAAGAGAGAUGACGGAGGAGGAAAUAUGGAAAUGGUGGGAGGAGGAGCCGAAGUAUGAAGAUGGCAUCAAAUGGACGUCCCUGAGACACAAUGGUCCAGCAUUUCCUCCCCCCUAUGAACGACUGCCUGACAAUAUCAAGUUUUAUUACAAUGGGGAGAUUGUGACACUCAAUUCGAAAGCAGAAGAGGUUGCCAGCCUUUAUGCCAAAAUGCUGGACCAUGAGCUGAUCAGAGAUGAGACCUUUCGCAAAAACUUCUUCACUGACUGGAAGGACACUAUGUCACCGGAGGUGAAGGAGGUCAUUGCUUCUUUGGAUCAAUGUGAUUUUACAGAGAUGGCUGCCUACUACAAAAGAAAGAAAACCAAUGAAAAAGUACAACAGGAAUUUGGCUAUUUUUUCUUGGAUGGCCACAAACAGAGAAUUGGGAACUAUAACAUCAGCCCCCCUGGCUUGUUAGUUGGAAGGAACUCACCCAACCGGGGAAAGCUGAAGAAGAAGAUCCUGCCAGAAGAUGUCACCAUCAACUGCAGUGAGAAAGAGAUUCCUGAGCCCCCGCCAGGACACCGCUGGGGACAAGUUCAGCAUAACCCUGCAGUUAUUUGGCUGGCCUCUUGGAAAGAGAGCCCGCUGGGAAAACUCAAAUACAUGAUGCCACAUGCCAGCUCUAAACUCAUGGGAGAAAAGGACUGGAAGAAAUAUGAAGUUGCUCGAAGCCUGAAGCACCACAGAGCCCAGAUUCAGGAGCAGUACCGCAAGGACUGGGAUUCUGAGGACAAGUCGCUGCGGCAGCGGGGGGUUGUGCUUUACUUAAUUGACAAGUUUGCAUUCAGAGUAGGUAAUAAAACUAAAGAAGGGAUGACGGCCAAUACUUUUGGUUGCUGCUCCCUCAGAGUGAAGCAUGUGACACUACAUGAAGACCAUAAAGGAGGAACAAAAAAGGUUGAGUUUAAUUUCAUGGGUAAAAGUUCCAUCCUAUACAAAAAAAUGGUGCCAGUGGAAGAGAAGGUGUUUAGGAAUCUCCAGCAGUUUAAGGAGGAGAAGCGGGAGAAAGAUGAAGCGGAUCUAUUUGAUCAAGUGAAUCCCCAGGUGCUGCAUACGUAUCUUAAAGGUUUAAUGAAGGGCUUGACAACAAAGGUCUUUCGAACACACAUUGCCUGCAUAACAAUGGAACAGGAGCUGAAAAAUCUCACUCAUCACCACAUCAAGAACAAGGUCUUGUCCUUCAACGAAGCCAACAGAAAAGUCGCAGAACUCUGCAACCACCAGCGGACAAAAACUGAACUGCAUUGGUUUGAGCUACAAGACAAAACUGAGGCCAGCAGAGAGGAACUUUCUCUGUUAAAGAAAAAGCUAGAGCAAGCUACGCAAGGCAUCAACACAGAAGAGCUCAAGAAUGAUGUGAAGAGAAAAGACGACGAACUGAGGAAAUUGGAUGUGAAGAGCAGGAUGGAGGAAAACAAACAGCUAAACUUGAAGAGCUCCAAACUGUACUAUAUAGACCCAAGGAUCAUUGUGGCAUGGUGUAAAAAAUGGGGAGUUCCAGUGGAGGAAAUCUACACCGAAGCCCAACGUGAUAAAUUUUCCUGGGCCAUUCACAUGAACAAUGAGAACUUUGAAUUCUAGUCUCUUGUUUCAUGGUGCCCUCCAGCCAAGUGCAGUGCCCAGUGCCCAGAGUGGAAAUGAAGAUCAAGAGAAACCAUGUGUGAGCUGAUUCUACGGGCACUGUUUGA